AUCAAAUGGACGAGUCUGAACUGCUCUUCAAUUUGUUCUACCUCUUAUUAUGCAUGUGUAUAAUAUAUCCACCAGAGGAGUUUCAGCGUCUAGGACUAACCAUUGAACAGAUUUUCAUUAAACUAUUGGGUGAUGAAAGCACCAAUUUCGUACACUAUCAUCAACGGCGUACAUCAUUGAACUUAUUUGUGCACAGUUGUCUACCUGCAUUUUAUUUUCUCAUACAUAAAUUAAAGUUCUCUGUAUUCGCGGAACGCGAACCACCUGAAAAUAUAGAUUUGGAUCCGGACUUUCCAAUGCCACAAGAAGCUGUGGCUUUUAAGACGCUUACAUGGAAAAUCGCACAACGUUUUAGCUUAAUGGCAGUCUUGGCUGUGCCAGCUUUAAUAUUUAAUUGGCAGCAACAAAACUGGCGCCGUCAUCCUAUCAGCCAGACAUUAUUAAAAUUCUCCAAUGUGCCAGAUAGUUAUCAAACAGUUGCGAGCGAUAUAAGCACUGAAUUUCGAAGAUUCGACAUUUAUAAAAAGAAGCUGAAUUCAAUAUCGACAGUUAUAGCAACAGAAAACUGGAUAAUUAAAACUUCGCUUUAUAAUGUGCAUUUCGCGCACCAAAGUGAUACUUCGUUAAGUGUAGCCAAAACUGAGACUUACAACGUUUCACAAGACACCAACGAUACCUUACAAAUGGUAAGCAUCGUGGUGAAACCAAAUAGACAAAAAGUGGCUGACUUCCAUAUACGUAUCAACGCCUUGGAAUUUCGCAAUCUGGAGGAGCGGAUUAGUAGACCUAUUGCCAUACCCUCGAAUAUACAAUUCCACCGGAACGUGAUAGAUCGUUUCAUAGAUGUUUUCAAAGAACAAGUGGCGAAAAAUCCGAUUUACAAAGCCGAUAGGAUAGCAGACAAGUGCUUCGCUUGUAUGAUUGCCGAACCAAAUAUAAAAAUUCAUAAACAAUGUGAAGAUAUUGAUCUUGAUGGACAUCCGCUGCCAGCUGAUGAUACUUGUACAAACUGCUACUGCCGACCUAUGUGGUGUGUUGAUUGUCUAGCGCGUUGGUUUGCUGCACGUCAGAGUGAACACGAAAGAGAGAUUUGGCUUGAACAGAAAUGUACCUGCCCCAUGUGUCGUGCCAAAUUCUGUCUGCUCGAUGUCAGCUUCAUUGAAAAGCGAGACGCAGCGGAAACCGGUGAAGUACCCUUUAGCAAUGAUAACGCGUGAUAUAUUUAUAUGACAAGAAACAACUUUAUGAAGUGUUUAAUUUCAAUUAUUGUUGAUACAUAAAAUCUGUCAAUUCUUCCAGUGUAUAGUGCUACAGCGAAUAAGUUCCGAAUCUUAUACUCAUUUUGUAAUGUAAACUUUGUAUUUGGUCUAUAAUAGUUUAUAUUUUCUUUUUAUUUUUUAUUUUAAUAAAUUCUGCUUACAUUUCUAUGUUUACAUCAAAUUGAUAUUUUUCUAAAGACAAAUUACUUACUGUCUAAAAAGUUUGUAACUAUCACGUUUUAAUACUUUAUGAUAUAUAAUUUAAAUACAUACACUUCUGUAUGUGUAUUUAAAAGUAAAAAAUAUGCGAAUGAAAUUUUUGUUGGUAAAUACUUAUGUCUAAGUAAAUUGAAAGCUGUAUACAAUAAAUUUCUACUCCAAAAAGUCUAUGUCUGGGCAAGCAGUAAGCUCUAUUGUUAAAUCUAUUAGGUGUUGAAUUUAAUAACAAAAUUGAAUUUAUUUCACUUAAACUACUUAGUUCCACUAUUUCUGCUUUUGCAGUUACUUAGCUGUCGAUUAAGCUUAAACUAUACAUUACUCUUAUA